AUGGAGCAGUCGUACAAUCUGACUCGUAAACACGUGGCCGAGCGACGGAGACGAGCGAGAAUUAAUCAGUACUUGACGGAAAUCGAGCGACUAGUCUUACCGCUGGAGGAACAGGUGAGCGCAGUCAAGCUGGAGAAGGCGGAAGUUCUGGAGAGAACAGUGGCAUAUCUGAAAGAAAAGAGAACAGACGGCAAUGACUCGAGGGCCUAUACAGUAGGCUACGUCGCGUGUCUACAAAGUCUUCAGCAACUGGCAAAGAAACUCACCACCCAGAGUGACCUACAUUCGCUGAUAGGAAAUAUGUUAACAAACGUACAAAGAAAAGCGAUACCCGAACUCACGAACCAGGUAGUUGGAGAAACGGUGAACACUCCGCAACAUACGUCAUGUUCCCUGUCGACAUCGCCACCCACUCACGACAACGAUUCACGCAGUCAAUCGUCUUAUAGCAGACGAAGAGCGGAACGUUUGAAUCAAAACCAGUCAAUGAAACUUUGUUCUGAUGAUGAAAACCUUCGAAAGUCUUACGCAGAAUAUCUUGUGAAAACCGUCACCAAGGAAGAUUACCCAAAAGAAAUUGUAUAUACUGAUGAAGUGGAACUUCCUGCAAAUCGACAGUCAAAAGACACGGGUUUUUGUCCAAGAACUGGCGAGAUACAUUCGUGCCACCAAACUGACAAACAUAUGGUGAUCGUGGGUAAGUCUUUACAAGCGAAAUGA